CGCAGGUUUUAUGUAAUGGGUAGGUCGCCGGAAGUUCGCGAAAUUUUUCCAUUCCGCACGCGAUGAGCCUCAGCUGCUUGCGGCUGCCCUGGGCAGGCACACCAUGCCAGCUGCCUGUAACACUGCGUCUACUGGCUGCCGCCGACCCCCGGCCGCGUCCCGGCCUGCCCUCUGGCGGGCGACACCUGUCACUGUCAGCGGCGCUGGCCGGCCCGGCCGAGCUGCUGCAGAGCAUGGGGGCUUCCCGACCGGUGGUGGCCGCGCAGGAGGCGCUCGUGUCGCUGCAUGAUGUCAGUGGCCUGCCGUGGUGGGGCACUGUGCUGGUCACCACCGUGGCGGCCCGCGGUCUGGUGACGCUGCCGCUCGGGCUGUACCAGCACUACAUCUUGGCCAAGUUUGAGAACCUGCGGCCCGAGAUGGAUGCGGUGGUGGUCGACAUCAAGAAGGAGAUGGCCGUGGCCGUGCAGAAGUACCAGUGGAACGAGAAGCGGUCCAGGCGCGUCUUUAACAAGGCGGUGAAGCGUCAGAUGUCGGAGCUGACGGCCAAACACAACUGCCACCCGGUCAAGGCGGGACUCGUGCUCUGGUUCCAGUUUCCAUUCUGGAUCGGGCUCUCGAUGGCUUUGCGCAACCUCUGCUGGGGUCUGCCGGUCGGAGACGCAGCCAGCCAGCUGAUACGGCUGCAGCUGGCGGUGGGAGGCGUGCUGUGGUUUCCAAAUCUGGCCGCGCCGGACCCCACGCUGGUGCUGCCGCUGCUCUUCGGCCUCUGUAACCUCUGCGCUAUCGAGGUGGGCGUUCUGAGCCGGCUGCAACGCAGCACACGGCUCCAGCGGUACAUGACCAACCUCAUCCGAGGCGUCACACUCGUCGUGGUACCCGUGGCCGCCCAGCUGCCGGCGGCGGUGGUGUUCUACUGGACGGCCUCCUCCUUCUGUGGCUUCCUCUCCAACCUGGCGCUGAUGUCUCCGGCCCUGCGGCGGGCGGCCGGCGUUCCACUUACGCCCAGCGAACAGCAGCACCCCUACCGGCAGAUUCGUGAAAACCUGAUGAAGCGGGUCGGCAAGAGAUGACGCUACCGUUCGUCUUUUGUCGUGUAUGCGAGUGUGACUGGUCCCACGCGAUUUUGUGUUUUGUAAGGUGUUGCUAUGAGCGCGUCGUAUCAGAACGUGAAACAAAAUAGCGUAUUGUUUGUGAUAAUAUACAGUAAUGAAGUAAUGGAUGGUAAUGUAAGCACCAUUCUACACCUUUGCCGGACGAGCACGGAGUACUUAUCGGCAUCAGAAGCGAUAUUUAUGUUGUAUG